UCAUUUUCUCUAAGCAGAACAACUUCGCGGACGGCAGUGCUCGCCGAUCAUGGAUGUUCCAGGUCCGCUGGCGCCUUCCUUCUGAGAACCUCCCUGGCCUUGACCUUCAGAGCCGAGGACCUAGGCCAGAGACUACUCCCAGCCCCGCGCGUCCCCACGAGCCCCUCGGUACCCCUCCCGCUCCCGAGCACCGACCCCAGACCCCGGCUCAGAUGUGGGCGCCGGGCCGGGCCCCCCGCGGGCCGUCGCUGACCAUGCCCGGGCGCCGGGGGGCGCUGCGCGAGCCGGCCGACUGCGGCUCCUGCCUGGGGGCGGCGCUGGCCCUGCUGCUGCUGCUGCCCGUCUGCUGCCCGGUGCGGGCACAGAACGACACGGAGCCCAUCGUACUGGAGGGCAAGUGCCUGGUGGUGUGCGACUCCAGCCCGUCGGCGGACGGCGCGGUCACCUCCUCCCUAGGCAUCUCCGUGCGCUCCGGCAGUGCCAAGGUGGCCUUCUCCGCCACGCGGAGCACCAACCAUGAACCGUCGGAGAUGAGCAACCGAACCAUGACCAUCUACUUCGACCAGGUAUUAGUCAAUAUCGGCAACCAUUUUGAUCUUGCUUCUAGCAUAUUUGUAGCACCAAGAAAGGGGAUCUAUAGCUUCAGUUUCCACGUGGUCAAAGUGUAUAACAGACAAACCAUCCAGGUCAGUUUAAUGCAGAACGGCUACCCAGUGAUCUCAGCGUUUGCAGGAGACCAGGAUGUUACCAGAGAAGCAGCUAGCAAUGGCGUCCUGUUACUUAUGGAAAGAGAAGACAAAGUGCACCUCAAACUGGAAAGGGGCAACCUCAUGGGCGGCUGGAAAUACUCCACAUUUUCGGGCUUCUUGGUUUUUCCUCUAUAGACACAGAGCCCUCUGGAUAGUGGGAAAGUUGCAGUCUGGACCCAGGAAUUUGCCCCUCAUGACACCCUGAAGUUGCCUGAAUAGGACAGCUUGUCUCCAACCUCCGUCAGACUGUUGCUGUAGAAGAAUGAUUUCUUUCUAAAGCGCCAGUAUUUUCUUUGAAUAUUGACAAUUCCUCGGGAACCUGGCCUCUAAUUAGUUUUAGAAGACAAGGUCUUAAGGAGAAAUGAAAUUAUCGAUUUGAGCAAUUUGUACCGUGAUUGUAAAGUCAAUAUCGGAUUUUAUUGUUGGGACCAUUGACUUCCCUUCUUUUGUUUGUAUGUUGUAUCCUUGUCCUGAUGGCACAAGUGCUGCUGACUCCAGGAUGGAUUGCA